AAAAUAGGAGAAACAUUUGCAUCAUCAAAUUGUAGUUGCAUUUAUUCCAUAUGUAGAGGUUUAGAAAAAUGAAAGAGAAAGAUAUUCGGAGAGCUGUUAUUAGCAGUGAAGACGAAACUACUGAUGAUGAGGCAGCUGUUGACAAAAUUUUUGAUGUUAUCGAAGAAUAAACAAUAAACAUUUCGGACUAAGAAGAAACAGUAGUCGCCAGCGAUAUAUUUAUUGGUAAAGAUAGCACUGAAUGAAAUACAAUACCACAUGCUACUGGCAAGACACCUUCACACAAUAUAAUAAAAGGAAGCCUCCAUAAGGUGAUAUUGCCUAUAUGGUGGCUUUGGAACGGUAUUAUGAUGGCUAUGUUGAACAUGGAAUAUUAUUAGGCAUGUAUGAUCGGGCUGAAUUAGAAUCACAUUAUUCUUUGUUUGUAGAUGCUAUGUUAAAGCAUCAAGCUCUAUCUUUGCAUCAUAGAAUGCUGUCCCAUAUAUACCAGGUAACACUGGCUUUCUUGAAGAAACAUGAUGAUUUAAUCUUGGUUCAGGCCGAUAAAAGUAUGGCAACUAUAUUGAUGUUUCGUUCUGAUUAUAUUUCGAAGAUGGACACUUGGCUCUCCUCCUAUUUGUCUUCCGGUGCUUGUAUCAAGUUUACUGGUAAUAAAAAUAUGUUGUUGAGACGCUUGCUUGCCUUGUAUAAAAGAGUGGUUUUACCUCUGCGUCAUUUGUAUGCCUUGAAUCCUUCCAUUUAUCCCUCCAACAUACACAAAGAUUUACUUAUUAAAUUACAGGACCCACCUCAGAUUUCUUAUUUGUAUGGUUGCAUAAAGACUCACAAACCAGAUUUUCCCAUUCGUCCGAUUUGCAGCCCUAUUAAUUGGUACAUUGGCCCUUUGCAUAAACUAUGCACCUAUUUUUUAACAGAAAUUUUGGGAGAUAGGUUGUCUACUCAUAAUCUCAAAAAUAUGGAUGAUUUGACCGGUCAUCUCUUAGAUCUAAGCCCUAUUCCUGAUUAUGUAUUUGUAACCUUGGACAUAAAAGAAAUGUACCCUAAGACUCCUUUGGUGCCUUUAUGGCAGGUUCUAGAGAAUUUAAUGUCUUUCGACUGGUUUCAGGCUAAUUAUUUCUCUUUCAAUUCCAUUUGGUACCAGCAACUUGAGGGGUUGCCCCAAGGCGGCUCUGCUUCUGGUCUGUUGGCUACAUUGUAACAUUGCUACAUUGGAAAUAUAUUACAACCUUAUUUUUUCGGCUCACCAUGUUAAAGCUUGGUGGAAAUUCAUUGAUGAUGUGCUGGUUCAUAUGCCUAAGACUUAUGUAUUGGAUUUUGUAUCAGCUUUCUCCCAUUGGACAGGUUUUGAGGUGACUCAUGAAGAUGAAUCUAUGAAUGAUAGUUGUUCUGGUUGUCCAACCAUAUCCUUUCUGGACUAUAAUAUAUCCCGUACACCUACUCAAUUCCUAAUAUCCCUGUAUUUAAAACCUACCGCAUCUCAUCUUAUA